UCUGACAAAGGUUGGUUUGACGAAAGCCUAAGCGGUAUACGAAAACCCAUUUCAAAAGGACAGCGAUUAAUCAUCGUUCAUGCUGGAGGAAAAAAUGGUUUUGUUAAAGACGGUCUACUUAUAUUCCGCUCAGGUUCUAAAAGUGGCGAUUACCAUGACGACAUGAAUCAUGAAAAUUUCAUGAAAUGGGUGGAAACCCAAUUACUUCCAUAUUUGCCACCAAAUUCGGUCUUAGUUUUGGACAAUGCAUCAUACCAUAAUGUACAAGUAAAAAAGAAUGUUACCUCAGGAAGUAAGAAACAACUCAUAAUUGAUUGGCUUAAGGAGCAUAAUUUAGAACAUGACGAGAAAAUGACAAAAACGGAACUUUAUGAAAUAGUUCUUCAAAAUAAAAGAUUUUAUCCGAUAAAGUGCAAACUUGACGAACUAAUGGAAAGUCACGGACACUCAACUUUGCGUUUGCCUCCAUACCACCCAGAAUUGAACCCCAUUGAAAAAAUCUGGGCCACUGUUAAAAACUGGGUAGCAAGCAGGAACACAACUUUUAAGUUAGCAGAUGUAGAAGCUUUGACGAGGCAAAAAUUUGCAGAAGUAUCUGUCGAUGAUUGGAGAAGCAUUUGUGACCAUGUCGACAAAAUUGAAGACAAAUAUAUAAAAGAUCAUAAUCUUUUUGAUGAAACUUUAGAUUCCCUAAAAUUUACGGUAAACACUGGCUCAUCAGAUGAAGAUUUGGAAACGAGUUCCGACGAAUCAAUUAUCAGCAAUGUGGACAUUUUGUCAGAUAGUGACUAAUUUAAUAAUAUGAAUAUGUAUUAUAUACCGUAAUAAUAUUAUGUAGUGUUUUUAUGAGCAGUAAAAUUUAUAUACCCUUA